GCGAAACAUACUUAAAAAGAAAUAAAAAAGAGCAAUAAUUUAUAAGGUCAGGAUGCUUUUUGUUGUUCUUGUUCUUAUUCAAGUGGUAUGUUUUGCUGAAACCAAAUAUGACUACCUAAAACCGCAUCACGAUAAAAGAACUCUUUCUAGUCUGCUAAGUCAAAAUGGUUUACCAUCUUUUGAAGAUUUAUUUGGAAAAAAAUCUUCUGACGGUAGUACUUCUUACCAAGUUUUUGGGUGUACUAUAAAAAGUACAAAAAAAGGUUGUCUUUGGACAUUAAUACCUGAUAAAGCAUGUACUGAAAAGCUAUCACUUGGCAAAGUAUUUGAAUUGCUAGCAAGUAAGAAGUUAGAGAGUUUACAGAGCUUAACUAAAAGCACUUUUUCUCCUGGUGCUUUUUCAGUCAAACAACUUGUUUUGAAUAUUUGUGAUUCAAAAAAAGGUGAUGUGGAAUUUAGUUGCAGUGUUGCUAAACCAUUUGAUGUCAUUAAUGACAAAGUUCAGAUCAUUAAUGGCAACUUAGACUUAAAGUUUAACUAUUUAGACUUGCAGAAGGAAUUUAGUUUUAACAAACUUGAAUUUGAUAUAAAAGGUGCUAUUGAAAUUGCAGGUGAAAUUGUAACUGUUCAAGUAAAAAAAGAUAAAACAAGUUCCUCAUCAGUUCUUAACAUGAGUGCUGAUAAAAUUAAAGUUACUGAUUUUUCAAAGUUCUUUUUAAAAACAAAAGAAGAGGCAUUAGCUGAAAGAAUAGCUGGAAAGGAAGAUCUUAAUGGUGAUGCUAUAGUCAGCAAAGGAGGCAUGUUCUCCAACAUGAUCAUUGGAAAACCUGUAAUUAAAAUUUUAAGAAGUGAAGAUGGAAGCUAUGAGAUCAUUCUAAGUGGCAAAGUUACUGGAAUCAAUGGACUUGGAGAGAUUAGUGGGUUACUGGUUGUUCAGAAGCCUGAUAACGGUCCUGUUGCUGUGGCUGUUGUUGCUUCUUUGAAAAAUAUUCAACCCUUAAAAGUCAUUUCAACAAUUAUUAAGAAAGAUUUAAAUGGCAUAGACAUAUUAAAAGAUCUUGAACUAGAUAUCUCAGUUGAGUAUGCUAACAAGGAAAUACAAAGUUUGAAAAACUCUGAAAUAAAAAAUCUGUUAUCAGCUACAAUUCCAAAUCACCCCACUAAGUUUUUGGAAGGUACUGUUAUUAGCCUUAACAUUCCUAUAAAUAAAAUUAUAAAGAAAAUAGGUUCUCCUGCUAACCUAAAUAACGUACCCAAAGAUAUGGCGUUUCAAGUUGUUAUCAAAAGUGAGAAGUUAUCAUUUGUAUUCCCACCAAAUCUUUUUGAAGAUGGCAUCAAUAUUUUAGCAGCUUUAGCACCUAAAGCAUUUGAUCUUCUCCAAAAAUAUGUAUUUAAAUCAAAUUUCAGGAUUCUUUUUAAAAAGUAUGAUGUGAACAUCAAAACAAAACAAGUUGACAUUUCUAUAUCAAUCCCUGACAAGAUAUCUCUUGGGAAUUCUUUCGUAUUUGUUGAAAAUGCAGUAUUCGAACUUAAGCUCGAUGGUGAUAAAGAUUUUAGCUUCUUGCUUAAGGCUGAAUUAAAAGUAGGAGACUCAUCAAUUAAAAUUGAAGUGGUGAAAAAAAAAGAAAAAUUUGAAUUAAAAGGUUCAAUUGGUUUGCUAUCAUCUAAUAAUCUUAUAAGUCUUUUUGGAAAUAAAGGGUUAAAUGAUGAGAUAAAAUCAAAAAUGUCAAACUUGAAUUUUGGAAUCCAAGAUCUCACUAUAACUGCUCAGUUUGGUUUAGGUGUUUCACAAGAAAUUAGAAUAGUCGGAAAUCCUAUUUUGUUUAAUUGGAAUGGGAUGAAGUUUGAGGCAUACAUGUUAAGUAAACAAGCUCCUCUUAGUGAAGUUUCUAAGUUGUCAGAAAACUUUUUAACAAAUAAUGAAAACCAAAUUGCUCAGUUAUCAAAUGAAAGUUAUUUAACAGAUAUCAAUCCUUCAACAAAUGAAAGUUAUUCAACAGAUACUAAUCCUUCAACAAGCGAAAGUUAUUCAACAGAUACCAAUUCUUAUAAUGUUAACUUUCCUAAAUCAAAAAGAAACAAUAUUGUUCCAGAUGAAAAAAUUGUCUAUGAAGAUGAACAAGAUGAACAGGAUGAACAAGAAGGAGAUGAAGGUUCUGCCUUUAGUAGUGCUGAUAUAAAAAGUGAAUCAUUUGAUGACAAACUUACUACAAAAGUACAAUCAGUAGAUGCAAGCAAAAGAAUUAUGAGUGAAAAACAAAUGGGUUUGGCUAUUUUUCUAAAGGAUAUCAGAGUUGACAGUAUUCUUGAACAUUUAAUUAAAAAAAAAUAUAAGGGUACAAACUGGAUGGUCAAUCUUAAUAUUGCACUUAUUAUCUCAAAUACUGAAACAAACUUGUUCACUUUACCAGAAGUUAAAAAAGCUGUUGAAACUGUUAAAAAAGGAAUAUAUUUCCAUGGAACGAUGAAGAUACCUGAAGAUUGUUUAAAAAAUAAACUAUGUGAACUUGCAAAAAAUAAAAUGCCUAAAGACACUAUCUUUUUUAUUACUGCUGAAUACCAAGAGAGAGUAUUUUUUUUAAAAGCUGGUUACAAUGGUGCUCUAAAGCUCACAGAUAAAGCUGUCUUAAAUUCAGCAUACUUUAGUUUAAAAGUUGGAACCACAAAUGAGUUUUCUUUAAAUGGAAAACUGACAUUACGUUUGGAACCCAAGUCAUUAGAAUUUGAAGUUUCAAUAACAUUAGAUGUUAGUGGUGGUUUAAAAUUAGAGGGAACCAUGAAUGGCUUGUGGCACAAUCCAUUUGGAAUACCUAAAUUUGCUUUUGGAAAUGUAGGAAUUAGUGUUACACUACAAGUUCUUCCAGUUUUUACAUUUCGUGGUUUUGAGCUUGCUGGUGAGGUACGUCUUGGUAUCCCAGGAAAUGAAAUAAUUGCUAAAGCUGCAGGCGGAAUGGAUAUGGGUAGUACAGAUAAUUACUUUUAUGGUAAUAUUAAUAAACUUUCUAUGGGUGCUUGUUCAAAAGCAUUUGGCUAUGAUUUGAAUCUACCCCAAGUGAUCUUAGAUUCUGGGUUUCCAGAAGGUCUUACUGUUGGAUUUUCUUCUAAUAAAAAAGGCAAAGUGAUUAAACAACUUGAUACAAAAGUUAACUUUGGAUUUCAAUUACAAGGAAUGUUAAAUGUCCUUGGCUUUAGAGUGAAAAGUCUUGUUGUAAUCAAAGAAAGUGAGCUUCAAGUUGACUGUGAACUAUCACCAAUUGAAAUUUUCAAUGGUGCUCUAAAACUGACCAGAACUUUAGAGAACAAAAAUUAUGGUCCAAAAGUUGCCAUAAAAAUUUCUCGCAAUUCAGCCACGUUUUAUAUAAAAGGUGCUAUUUCAAUUUUGGGGAUUUCAUCAGCUAUAACAAUUGAUAUUGGUGACCAAGGCAUGAAAUUUGAUGUAUCAGGAAAUUUAUUUAAUAUUAUUGCAGCCAAUUUAUCAGUCAAAGCUCCAUAUAGCCGUCAAAUGACUUUGGAUAAGGCUGGCUUUCAGGUUUCAGCAUGUUUAUCAACUGGAGUUAAUGAAGCAACCAAAGAGGCCAAUAAUGUAGUUGAUGAUGCUGUUAAAAAAGCAGAUGACAUUGAUUCAUACACAAACAAAAAAAUUAGUGAACAUUCUUUACAAUAUAAUGAAAUUGCUUCAACAAAAGAGUCUUUAGACAAUAUUGGUAUAAAGCUUUUCAAGAAAAUGACCUUAACUUUUGAUGAAAUUUCACAAUAUCAAAGCAAGAUUGAGAACAGUUGCACAAAGCAAUGCCAUAAAGAAACUGGAUAUUUUGCAAAAAACUGGUGUUCUGCAAAUUGUGUUCUUGACAAAGGAGAGGCAUCUAUUAGAAUUGAAGGAAAGAAAGAGAAACAAACAAUACGUGCUAUGAAUUAUGCUUCAUUCGAAGAUGUUUCGAAGAAAACAAAUAUUAUAUUUGAUAAAAACAAAAAGUUUAUGGAUGACUUCCGCGCCUCUUUUUCAGCUAAAAAAGCUGCAAAUAAAGUUUGGAAUGGUGUCAAAAAAGUCGGGUCAGCAGGAAUAAAAAAAAUAAAAAAUGUUGCAAAUACCAUAACUAAAAAGAUUAUUCAAAUUCAUCACAUUUGCUUCGAUACAUCUCUUGAGAUUGCCUCAAAGGGCUGUUUUGGUAUCAAAGUUAAUGUUACUUUUGGAGGAAAGAACAUGGCUCAAGAAAUAGAAGGGUGUUUUGAGACUGGGUUUAUGAAAUCAAUUGGCAAAGCCAUUACAAGUAAACUCUAUCCUGCAGUACAAAAGGUUGAAGAAAACUACAAGCUGAUGAAAGCAAAAAUUUUAUCUUUUGGUAAAAAUGCUAAAGAAUUAAGUAAAGAAAAACUUUGGAAUGAAAAAGAAGUAAAAAUGCUUGAAGAAGAAAUAAACAAAAAUGAUGACAGUGAUGAAAAAGAUGUUGCUAAUAGUACAGAAAUUACCCAAAAGGAUAAUCUUAAUAAAAAUAUAUCAAUGGAUGAAAUUAAACGCCAGAUAUACAAUGAAUUUCAUAUUGUAUCAUUAACUGAUGAAGAUGUUCUUGAUGCUUUGGAUAUAAAUCCCGACUAUACCCUCGAGAUUAACUUUGCAAAGAAUGAAUCUGUUGAUAUAAGUGAUUUAUCACAUGAAAUGAUAAGCGAGGAAAAUAAAUGCAAAUUGGCGCAAGGACUUGUGCGAAAUUAUGAGAAAAUAUCUGAUGAAUUAAAUGAAAUGAUGGCUUUUCUUGACAAUCAGAAACAACUGCAUAAAAAACAAUGUUUAGAAGCUAGCCACAAGUACAAUAGUUUGGAGAAAACAGCAAUCGAAAAAUGUAAGCAAGCAAAAUGUAAUGAAAGACAACGUGAUAAACUAGUUUUCUUAGCACAUAGCCUCACUCAUGCUCAUAUGACUCGUACUAAAAAAUUGGAUGCUGAUUUUGAAGCAAUUGGUAAGAGACUUAUUGAGAGCGAGAAAGAAAGGAUGGCACAUAAUAUUGAUUCAAGGGGUAUGAGCGUGAAAAAGUUUUUGUCUAAACUUAAACACUUUACUGAAACAGCUUCUCUGAUUCCGAGCAUAACAAAUGAAAACAGAUUGCGUUUAAGUGCAUCAUAUAAAGCUGUUCAAGAUUUGUUAGAGAGUAAUCAACCGUACAAAGAGGCUGUACGAAGCUUCCAAUCGAUGAAGAAUAACUUAACGUAUUUAAGAGAAAAUAUUCCAUGCGCUGCUUAAAAAUGUUUGGUUAAAAUGCAUAAUACAAUAUAUUACAUAAUAUUUAAUUUAUGCAAAAGCAAUGUAAUAUAUAUCUAAAACAUGUUAUUAUUAUUUUCUUUUCA